AUGAAAUUAGAAAGACUUUCUACUCAGACUAGAAAGAAAAUUCUGGUUUUGUUUUUUUCAACCCUCCUCAAUAGUUCUCCAACACAGGCUGGUUCGCAACUUAGUAAGUGUUUUGAUCGUCAUAAAUAUCUUAGCAAACAAUCUAAUAUAUAUGAUGCAAUUACUAGUUUUGUUAACAAUAAUAGUUUGGAUAGUGGUCAAAAAUUCUGUUGUGACUCUAAUCCUAGUAGGUUUGCAAAGCAAAAUUGCACUCUUAAAAAAUCAAAUAAGUGUGAAUUAAGGUUUGACGAUAUUGAAGGACAAUGCAGCAAGAUUGGACAUUCAACUUUUUGCGUUGCCACUUCUUACAAAUUUGGACCGCUUUCUCAAACUACCCGCAGCAUGCCUUCAAAAAUUUGUGGGGGGAUCGUAGGUGAUGUUUCACAGCCCGUUGAGGAAACUACAACUGGUACUUGUCCUAAAUUAGAAAUAGUAGAAAAGACCCUAAAUGAGACCGGCACUAGUGCUAAUACUAGUUGUGCAAAUGGUUCAUGUUUGUUACAAUUACCAAAAGCUUCCACAAUGGAGAUUAAUGCUGGCGCUCUACCUACUCCUUGGCCUAUUGAAACCAUCAAUACAAUUAUUUCAAUAGUCAGCAUUUUUACUUUUCAAAUGGAAGAAUCAUCGUUUGCUAAACAAACUUUAAGUGUUAUUGUUAAGCCGCAAACUUAUCAACGUUUACACCGGGAAAUAGGAAAAGAGUUUCAAAAGAAAUUAAUUGCUGAUUAUAAGCGAGCAGGCAACAGUAAAAAUCUCCAAAAAGAGGAGAAUAUAGAAAGAGAAAACUUUAAAAUCCGUCCAGUUUUGAUAAUGAGUAACGAUUGGCAAAACCAGUAUGAUAAAUAUUCAGUAAUUGCUCCAUUGACAAGUGAUAAAGAAGAGUUAAAAAAAGGUGUAGCGUCUUUUGAAGUACUAAUUGAACCUAACGAAAAAAAUGGUUUAGAUAAGUCUAGCAAAAUCCUUCUCAAUCGCUUACAAAUUAUCGAUAAAAACUUUCGUUUAAUUAGGAAAGUGGCAGCAAAUAGCACUGAUUAUAUUUCAGUUCAUUGUCAAGAAAAUAAUUUUUGUUAUUUAACUGAUAAAAGACUUUUGACUGCCAAUUUUGUUAUGAGGUUGUUGAGUAUGAUACUACCAGUUGGUUUAUUACUUUUGCUUGCCCUAAUGAAUUCAACGGGUGAUGAAGGUUCAUUAGUAAUGGGAAUUUUAUCAGUAGUUACUAGUUUACCAAUUUUCGGAUACCUAAUUUUCAUUAUCGGCAAAGCUAUAGUCGAGGCUGUGGGCAAAAAGAUGGAAAAGGGCGAAGUAACAUUAUUCACCGUACUGGCAUUUGCCUUUGACAGAGAUACCCAAGUCGUUGCUGUUUUUGCGAUUAUAGUAAAAACUCUUCUUUACUGUUCAAUUAGUCUAGCUUUAAUUUCUUACACAGCAGUUAUUGCGACAAAUCAAGCUAAAAUAUUAAAUACUACCGGCUUAGAAAGCUGUGAUAUCAAUCAAAAACUAUUGAGUAGUAAAACUGGUUAUUUACCUGAAUGA